AUGAGCCAUUUUGCCGCUUGCAGCAGCAGCCCUGCUUCGGCUGCUGCGGCUUCUGCAGCAAGCCGUGAGCAGCAGGUAGCGCUGCACGGUUUGAAGAGGCACUCUGACCCGCGGGAGCUGCAGAUGCGGCAACAGCAACAAUUCCAGCAAGGCGAGAAUGAAGAUCCGAAGAUGCUGCAGAUUAUGCGCACCCAUGCCUUUUUGCAUCUUACUAGCGGAGCCGUUGCAGGUUGUGCGCACGUAGGUGCUGUCUCGCGCACCGCCACUGCUCCGCUGGACCGGGUGAAGGUUAUGCUGCAGUUGCAACCUUUUUCGGUGCCGCUAAGGCAAGCAGCGCGAGUCAUUAUGCAGCAGGAGCUGUCAGUCAAGGCUGCUGCGGCAUCUGUGGCUCCUUCUGCUGCCCUGGGUGCCGCUGCACCGAGCAGCAGCAACGCUAGCAGCAGCAGCAACAGCAGGGGCAGAGAACAACGGUCUCCGCAACCCGCUAAGUCAGACGGACGAGCCCCACCGCAACAGCCGCAUCAGCAGCACGGGGUGAGACCGGCUGUGCGAGGGAAUUUGACGAACUGUUUAAAGGUUGUGCCGGAGACAGCUGUCAAGUUCUAUAGCUACGACAUCUGCAAACAUGCGCUAGCCCACAGAAAGCAGCAACAGCAACAGCAACAGCAGAAACAACAGCCACACCAGCAACAGCCGGCGGAGCCAGCAGAACCUCACUUGCAGCUUUUGGACAGGUUCCUCUGUGGGGCAACGGCGGGUCUGUGUGCGCAGCUACUCAUUUACCCUAUGGAGCUCGUGAAGACUCGUUUGGCAGCUUAUGGGCCGGGGUGUAUGUAUACCGGAGUGCUGCAGUGUUUUAGGGCGAUUUACAGAGAGGGUGGCCUUAGGCGUCUGUACAGAGGUGUGGGGCCUUCUUUGCUGGGCAUCAUUCCAUAUGCUGGAAUCGACUUGGCUGUUUUCGAGACACUAAAAGAAGCUUAUGUCCAAGGAGUGAUUAUACCCAAACAGCAGCAACAGCUGGAACAACAGCAGCAGCUGCUGCUGCACGCAAAGUGCAGCAGCUGUAACCCCAAGAACAGCCCUGCCGGGAUGGUGUCCUUUGCCCCUGGUGCAGCAGAAGCUGCAGGAGCAGCUGCAUCCGCUGCUGCGCCUUUGCGAGGCCGCUGCCGCUGCGAUGAGAGCAGCGGCAGCAGCGGACUUCCCCCCGCCUCGCCUCCGGCUGCGGUGCUGCUCCUAAUGGGCGGCUGCAGCAGCCUCAUUGGGCAGGUCUUGGCGUACCCGACGGCGCUGGUGAGGACGCGCAUGCAGGUGGACGGGAGCGGAGGUCAGCCUUUGCUCUACCGCAAUAGUGCAGCAGCGGCAGCAGCGGCCAUUCGCCAAGGUGGGUUCAGAGGUCUCUACAGAGGUCUUCAGGCGAACUGCUGUAAGGCCCUCCCUGCUGUAUCACUUUCUUGGAUUGUCUAUGAGAAGAUGAAAUACGCCAUAAGCAACUUCGAGAGGGAUUGGACCCAAAAAGUGGAGCAGCAGCGGCUUGCCGCACGCAACAGCCCCUGA